GCUGCAAGAGCAAAAGGGAACAGUCACUCCGAGAAGCUCCAUCCAUCUGCUGUCAGCUAUGUCUGCUCACACCAGCGUUCUUCUCUUCAUCACCCUCUGGGCCUCCAUGCAGGAUGGUUUGAGUCUUCCUGUAAACGAGCAGCUGAAAGAGGAGGCUGCCGAUAUGAUCCCAACACAAAGAGUGAGGUCCAGGCGCUGUGCCUGCAGCAGCCGGCUGGACUCAGAGUGCCACUACUUCUGCCACCUGGAUAUCAUCUGGGUCAAUACGCCCAGUAAGACGACAGUUUAUGGUCUGGGCAGCGCUCUGUCCCGGCGCCGGAGGUCCAUUGGUCGCUGCAGCUGUGCCAAACCCGACGACCAAUCCUGUACCAGCUUCUGCCGUCACAGCCCUGAAAUUAAAUCUGAGAAGAGGCGUCUGCUCAACAACACACUCCGAAUCCUCAGAGCUUUAGCCAGCAGGCCCAAGAAGACUCCUCCCUCACACAGAGGCGGAUCUCCAGAGGCUCAGAGUCGGAAAACUAAACGCUAAAAAAAAAGAAGAAGCUGUUGAGCAGCAAGUGAAGGAGAGAAAGAGGGCAGCGAGCACCUGAACACAUGUCACUCCUUUGAUAGAGGAGGGAGAGAAGGGGCCACUGACAGACGUGUCUGAUGCAGGAAGGCCAAAGGGCCAGAGAGACGUCAGUUUGCACCGGGAAACAGACGCUGGAAAACACAGCAGAGCUCUGCAGGUCGCAGCAUUUACACCAGACGUGAUGGAUACCAAUACUGUAUCAGGACAUGAGUGCUGUGCCUGUCUGAGUGGGACUGUCAGGUCGACAGGAGCUGUGCAGACAGACCAGCAGCGCUGAAGAAAGAGAGGGAAAAGGACAUGCAUAGUGGGCAUUACAUUCUAUUAUCAAAUACUUAUCAAACACAGUCUCUAUUAUCAUGAGACUGUGUGGAUGCUAAAUGAAAAUGACGUGUGUGAAUUAUAUUUCCUUAAGACACCUUUGAAUCUGUAUCAAACAUUUAUUGUGUGCAUAUUAAAUCU